AUGAGCACGAAAUUGCUCAACAGCUUGAGCCUGAGGAGGCUCUUAGGACAGCAAAGAAACCCAAUUGGUGGGUACAACGUAUUUAUUUUGUCUUAUUUGAUCAUGGAAGACUUAUACACAGCAUCGAGAGCAUGGAGCUCUAGCACUUCAUUUUCUGGUGUUCAUGAGAAGAAUGGCAUGGGCGUCGAGGCAGAUGGUGAUGUUGCAGAUUCUUGGAAAGAUGCUGACUUCCGCGGUGUUUACCGGGCCAUUAUUUGUGGCAGCGUUGGACAAGUGCCUGUGCAGAAAAAAUUGAGGAACGGGCAUAUUGUGACUGUAUUUACUGUCGGGACUGGAGGCAUGUUUGACCAGAGGAGGGCAGGUGCUGAAAACUUGCCAAUGCCAGCUCAGUGGCAUCGCAUAGCUGUUCAUAAUGAGCAGCUUGGUACAUAUGCUGUUCAAAAGUUGGUUAAGAAUGCUGCAGUAUAUGUUGAGGGUGAUAUUGAGACUAGAGUCUACAAUGAUGACAUCAAUAAUCUAGUGAAAAUCGUACCUGAGAUCUGUGUGCGGUUUGAUGGCAAGAUACACUUGGUUCAAUCUGGGGGCAGUGAUGUCAGCAAAUCAUUGGAAGAGUUAAGUAAGUGCGGGGAGGGGCUAUUUUAG